AUGCUUAUAAAUGGUGGAGAAAGAGGUGGCGAUGAUGGUGGGUUGGAGCCAGUUGGAGAAUCUAUGUUGCCAAAAGGUGGCAAGGAUCCAAAGAGCCCAAUUGGAUCGUCGGGGGCUCAAAUUAUUCCAAUUCUCCCUGCUAAAGUUCCUAUGAGGCCUAUGCUCUAA